GUAAACAACUAAACAAGGUAAAGAAAAAAGGUCAUGCAGUAAACAUCUAUCACAAGGCUACACCUUAUUUAAGCGUUGCGGAUUUACGCUGUUCUCACUUCCCAUCAAUUUCGAUAGAGGCUCCCCAAACCAGUUUUAUAAAGAUGUUACAAAAUACGACAGUGGACAUGCCAGAGAGUGAAGUCAUGGCGGUCGCCAAGAAGAUGCACUGGGUCACCUCUUCCAUCGUUGCAUUAAUCUUUGUCGUCAUUGGAAUCGGUGGAAACGUGCUGUCUCUCAUUAUCUGGAGCAAGAAGUCGAUGCGAUCCUCUACUGGGACCUAUUUGAUCUUUCAAGCAAUCGCUGACAUAACUCUUCUUGUUUUCUUUGUAAUUUGUGACAGUCUUGGUCAGAUAGAUCCCGAUAUUUUGGGCCAAAAAUCGUACGGAGAAUUCUUCGCCUACUUUGGUUAUCCAUUCUUCUUCCUGUCAGUAAUCGUCAGCAUUUGGAUGCUUGUUGGUGUAACAGUGGACAGGUAUAUACAAGUCUGCUGGCCACACAAAUCCCAGGAUUUCUGUUCUCAGCGUAGGGUAUAUAUCGGAGCAGGAAUUAUAUUUCUUCUAUGUUUUAUCAUCAACAUUCCGCAUUUCAAAACUUAUGAACCCUUAGACACACCAAUGGACGGAAAGGCAUUCAGUCUGACGGAAUACGGCCAAAGCGAGGGGAGCACUAAUUACGAGUUCUGGGUACACUGCAUGUUUCUGGUUCUUGCGCCUUGGCUUUCCAUUUUCACCCUCAACAUUCUCAUCCUACGAAGGGUGUUUACAUCAAACAGGAAGUCCAUGUUAAAGAAAGAAAAGACACGGAAAGCGGAAACUCAACUGACACGCCUUCUUUUGACUGUGACCUUCACCUUCUUGGUUCUCAUUAUAUUCCAGUGCGUCACACAAUGUUUCUUCAUGCUAAAACCGGAAAGUGUGGAUUACCGUAUUGUAAACGAGGCAUUCUCCAUCGCUAAACUUGGUGUUGUUAUCAAUUCUUCCGUCAACUUUUUCCUGUACUGUUUGAGCGGAAGGAAGUUUCGAAAAGAGCUCCUAAAGUUACUUGGCUGUUUAACGAACACCCACCGUGCUCUCGAAUCAACGAAUUCUGCAACAAGCACCAGCGGAACCGGGUCCACCAAACUGUAACAUAUAAAUAUCAUCGACUUCUCUACGAGUCUUUGUAUUAAUCAGAACACAGAACUCACUGCUCGUUAUCUUAGCCUCUCGUUGUUGUAUGUGUAAAAUUAAGGAAUACCUUUGAAUUACGUCUUCCACUCUAUAAGGACGUCAAUUUUAGUUAUGUAGAGUUUGAAGGCAGGAUCGAAUAUUCUUCAACACUCGGAAAAUAGAAUGUACAGCAGCUAUCAAAGAUGUAACAUACUUCAUUUCCUUCACCGCCAAAGAAUACUUUCAGGAAAACGAAAAGAUGUUUUUCCAACGCAGACCAUACAGUAUAACAAUUGUCUCUUUGAUAAACUGGCAUCACAUUAAUCCAGUGAACAAAUAUAACAAUUGAGGAAUACUAUUAAACUUACAAAAACACACAGUAAUCUCAAAACAAGCAUUAUCAAAACAAUGAAGUACUUCUGAUUCAUCUUAGAUAUAGAGUUGACUUCAGUACCCGGAUGUAAACUAACGACAAACUAUCAACUCAACUUUAUGACAAACGGGAUGAUUUCAGCCUUCACAUAUCUAUGUAGUAAUAUUUCAUUAUCACCUGUAGAUGGUGUUUAUGUCUCUCGACAGAUUCGAUACACAAAAGUUUGUUCUGCGAGUUUUUAUUUGAUUAAAUCGAGGUAAGCUACUGACAUACAAGUUGAUGUUACAGUGGUUUCAACAGUUUCGUUGAAUGUCAUCAUUCCGUAAAUUUUAUGCUCGUUAUAACGAUCUAGUUUGUCAAUGCAACCUGUCAUUAGGUCAAAUACUACUUGAAGUGUUUCAUACCAAUCCCUAGGCCAUUCUUUUGACUGCAGAGUACUCCAUUUAACUGAUCAAGAUAUAGGGCUUACGGCGGUUGUGACCGGUCGACACGGGAUGCUAACUCCUCCUAGGCACCUGAUCCCACCUUUGGUAUAUCCAGGGGUCCGUGUUUACCCAAUUCUCUAUUUUGUAUUCCUUAUUGGAGUUGUGAGAUUGGUCACUGUUCGUUAUUUUUACCAUUUCGUGUUACCUGACAUUGCCUGUUAAGGCGCUGGGGCCUGUACUCAACUAAUCUUUUCUACACUAUAUACUUCUAUAUGCUGUGCAACAAGUCAAGUAGACAAAAUGGCUUUCUACAUUCUUUUUUUUUUUUACAGGUAUGCAUUUACCAUGUACAAUGUAUUAAAUAUAUGCAAUUAACACAAAUAUGCACUUAAAUAAACACAUUGAAUAUA